CUCUCUCCAUCUGUGCUCUUGCUCUCUUUUAUCCGCUAUGACGUCCCCCUCCCCCUCCUGGGUUUGUUUACUUUCUAAGGUGCCCAUUCCUGUAUCCUCGGAGCUUGAACCCGUUCCUUCGCUCAUCCAUGCCAUCAUGUCUUUGCAUGGGGAUCUGAUUGGUACGUUGACCAGGAUCGUCAACUAGGUUGACUUGACUCGGCCAGUGAAGAAGCCCGUGCUGUGCGCAGAUGUGCCGCCCAAUCAGGCUCCAAACCGGUUAAAGGCCGGUGCUGACUGCCUUGGGCUUGGCUUCGUUAACUCGGUGUUUCGAGAUGGACCGAUCUGCUUGGGCCAGGGAAUCAGGGGCCUAAUAAUCCAGUCCACGUGUCGGCCACAGUCUUCGAGAGACCGCCUCUCCGUUGCCCUGGGAUUUUCACAUUUCCUGACCCGAUCAUUGGGCUCAUCCCGACAUUGUCCAUCCCGCCCAUCCGCCCUCCAUUCUUUUCUGCCUUGCAUCAUAUCCUGGUUUGAAUCCCCUUAGGCCACCCAACGGGCGGGGCCCAUGGCGACUCCAGGGCCCUUGGCCGGGGGGAGUGCUGCUCCGGCUACGGGACCGGCCAUCGCCAGCGUCCAUUGGGUACCGGGCCUGCCGGAUCACGUGGUGUUGUGCUCGGCCGACUUGCAGUUAUUUCGUUGGCGGAGCGACCCGGGUCCGCUCGACGCCCCGCCGGUCCAUUACGGCAGCCGCCAUCACCGCAUCGCCGAACGCGAGGUUUUGCUCAUAGAGAAGCAGAUUCCGGAACCGCCCAACUACAUCAAAUGCGUGUCGAUACAUCCGCGGGCCGGCGAUGCGCCCUCGGGCGACAUCCGCUUGGCCGUGGGUCAAGCCAAUGGACGCAUUUCCCUCCUGUCCUUCCUGGAGACGUCGGUGGUGGAGAAUGGUGAGGCCGAGAUGCGCCAUCACGUGGUCAAGGAGUUCGGUUCGAAACUCGUGCGGGCCUGCAAUGCCGUCCAUUGGCAUCCCACUGACGAGCGCAAAUUCGCCGCUGGCUACGAGAAACAGCGCCAUGGACACGCCAUUUUAAUCUUCGACACCGACCGAGAACCUACCCCCCCCGGUUCGGCCUCGCUCAAUACCAGUCAGAGCUCGUCCACCCUGCCGGGGCUAGCUUCUUCCUUUUCGGAUCGCUUCCGGAAAACCUCGGCCGUAGACGAUCUGCCCGAAGAUUACGUUCGACCAGUGGUGGAGUUGGGUCCCAGCGAGCAUUGCCAUUCUUUCACUUGGGCGCCCAACCUCAAUAAUGGGUCGCUCAUUGCGGGUAUGAACAACAAGCAAAUCCGCGUAUUUGAUCUCCGCACCAAUACUAGUCCUUUGAUCACGUACACCCGCGCUGUUUACGGGGUGUGCGUGGACCCGUUCUUGGCUUCGCGCGUGGCCUCGGUCCACGAAAAUAGCGUCAUGAUCUGGGACACGCGCAAUUUCGAGAAACCCAUUGUUACUCUCAACCAAAGCUCUCGAGUACUUCACAUGGAAUGGAGUCCGACCCGCGCGGGUCUCUUGUGUUCGGCCGAGGAGGCCAACCCGUAUUUGACGCUCCACGACAUCCAGAGUUGGGCUUUCAUGAUCGAGGAUGGCGAACCCGCUGUGACCGAGCGGCAGAUUCAAGGGUGGAGCGAAGCGGAUAGUCCGGAUGAACGGUACACUUCGUUUGCCUGGCAUCCCACGGAUGAAAGUCAGAUUUUGGCCGUGGUAGGAGGUGAGAAGCUGUCCAAAAUCCAUGUGACUGAGCGAAUUUCUCCCAGUUGGUCAGCCAACCAUUGUCUGAUUUGGCCUUUUGGUGGCAAACUGCGGUCGUUUUCGCAAAAAUCAUCGUUGUUCGCCAAUCUCCAAGACAUCUCGGUUGACAUGCAAAUGCGUGCCCUUAAAAACUAUGGCAAAUGCCCGUCCUUGGCGGAUAACCAAGAGUUUGUGGCGGAUUCGCCCUCUCUUAUAGCAGCUUGGCAGUGGCUCCACCAUUGUGGCAGGCUCAUGGAGGAUCUGUCGUUCAAGAACAAGUUGAGUAAAGAUACUACGUUCCCUGGUGUGCGAACAGUCUUAGGGAUGGAGCGGAGUCCUUCGGCCAUGUUGCGAGCCGAUAUCAACUACUUGUCUUGGAGCGGCUGUGCCAGCUCCAAUAACCUCAAACAACGCAAAGUGUACAAAAGCGAGCCCAGGGAACACGCUCAACGAAUCUGUGGAUGGAGUAUGGAUCCCAAUGAUCUCGGAUCGUUUGUCAAACUUUGUGAAGAGAAGAAGCAAUUUUCGCGGGCUGUGGCUGUUGCCGUAUUUUGUCUCGAGUUGGGGAUGGCUUCACGAAUCUUGGAGAAAUGCAUCAGUGAUGAAGGAGGUUCCAUCCUCAGUAUAGUCAAGAUCUCACUAGCCGGAUUCAAUGAGGAUAAGAAUGGGUCAUGGCGAGAAACCGUUCGGAGCAGUUUCGAGCAGCUCGAAGAUUGUUAUCUCCGAGCAAUGUUCGCUUUCCUAUCGACCGACAAUGACAAUUAUUCAGCCAUCAUAAACGACCAGGCCCUUGAGAUUGGGGAUCGGAUUGCCUUCAGCUGUCUGUAUUUGUCAGAUGAGAAACUUAUAAGUACACUCUCCGGCCUCUGGAUGGCCACUUUGGAUGGCUCCGAUCUGAAGGGUUUGCUCUUGUGUGGCAUGACACGCGACACCUUGGACUUAUUGCAAAGGUAUUUGGACUCCACGGGGGAUAUUCAAAGCGUUAGCUGGUUAUCUGUCAGAGGUCUCCCUCCGUACGUUGGGUUGGAGGACCAAGUACAGAAUUGGUUCCAGUGUUAUCGAGACUUGCUAAACGCUUGGGAAAUGUGGAGUUGCCGCGCUAAUUUCGACAUCGCCAUUCAAAAAGCUCACAUGCAAGCCAAACCCCCUCAACAAGUUUUUGUUUCGUGCAAUUUUUGCGGCAAAAGCGUAGCCCAACACUUGAAAGGAAUGCCGACUAAAGACGAAGCCAAAUUUGCCAGUUUGAAUCGUCAAGCGACUAGCAAGCGACAUAUCAGAGCCCAGGCCUGCCCUGCUUGUCGAAAGCCCCUUCAAAAAUGUGCUGUGUGUCUCUUGACCAUGGGAACUCAUUCGGGCAAGUUGGUGACCGGACAGCCUCUCCGGGAAGAUGCUCCAAUCAUGAGUGAAUUUGGAGAAUUCUUCAGUUGGUGUCAGAAUUGCCGCCAUGGCGGUCAUGUGAGCCACUUGGCCGAGUGGUUUGAGAAGUAUGUCGAGUGUCCCGUAACUGGAUGUGUGUGCAAAUGCUCGGCCCUUGACCCGGCCUCGUUUCAGAUCCCAAUGGAAAAUGGUCUGAACGGUAUGGCAUCACGAUUAGCUCUUACCGCUGCUUCUCCUCUUCCUCCUUCUUCUCCCAAACAAUGAAGUGUUACUCUUUCAACUUAGACCCAUACAAUCAAACUUGUGUAUCAAUCAUGUGAUCCUACUUUUAACAAUUAAUUUGUCGUAAUCCUCGAGCAGAGACGUCAUUGACCUUUGAGUCUAGAAUAAAAAGAAAUGUUCAAUUAA